AUGGAGGGUCCUCAUGUUGACCGCGUGUGUCUUGUCACGGUCGGUGCGACCACGGGUUUUGAAAAACUCAUUGAAUCGGUGCUUCAGCCAAGUUUCUGGCAAUACAUGCACUCACAAAGCUUUACCCAACUACGCGUACAGUGCGGCCCCGACCUUGGCUGGGCGAGCAAACAACUUGCCGAUCGCAAAGAUGACAUUCCCUCGGGUCUAUUUAUCGAUUUGUUUUCUUCCAAGAAAAAUCUCAUGAAGGAGGAAAUGUCUCUAUGCAAGGACGCUGAUGGCAAAAGACAACUUGGCCUCGUCAUAUCCCACGCUGGUACUGGAACAAUUCUUGAUGCGUGGAAAAUGGGGUUGCCUCUUAUCGUGGUACCAAAUAUACAGCUCUUGAACGAUCAUCAGACCGAGAUGGCCAAACAUCUCUCUAAGGAGGGGUAUGCAAUCAUGAGCUCUGGAAGUGCCGAGGAUCUUGAAGAAGCUGUCCAUAAGGUGGGACUUCUCUGGGAGGAGAACAAGACUCGUUGGCCUCCACACAUUAUCCCCUCCCAACAGCCCAAGAGGCUUCGCUUAUGGGAUCUCGCCCCUGAAGAGGUCGCCAAAGAACAGAACGCCACGAUGGUGCAUGAUUAG